GUAUUCUAACGUGCUGGAACCUACAACACUGCAUACGGUGUAUGCGGGACAUACUCUUGGGACACGCCCUCAUAUGUCAGCAGAUGGAAUUGUUACAGCAAGUGACGUGGUUCGGAUCAAUUUUCCUACAUUUCCACCGCUGCCAGCGUGGCAAAUCCACCUCGUCAGAACCAUCUCUCCUGACUUCCUUGGCCCCACCCCUAUCCACCUGGCAGAUCGAAUCAUCCUAGAGGCGUUCGUGCCCUCUGCUUUUCCGAGCGUGGCAAUAUCCACCACGUGUACCGUCAAGCCAGAAGAAAGUUGCAGUCGAGGCUUCUCAGCCACAGGCAAUAACGUUGUCUCCCCUGUGAACGAAACCGUCAGCAAAUCCGUCCGUUCUUCAGAAACUCCGUCAGCUUGUCCGUCAAUCCUUCAUUGAACUGGACAACCCUUCCGAAGGAAUUUGGUGCUCGAAGGCAAAACACAUUCUAGUUUCCCGCCUAUUAUCUUAUUGGGUGUCCCAUCCCGCUCUGAAGACCGUUAGGAGACCGCCUUUUGGUAACCGUUAAAAAGUUCAGCAAUGGCUGCCGUUCUUGCGGUCUCCGCCGGUGUUUCCACCGCUGUCGCCCUCAGGCGCAGCUCUUUCGUCCAGAAUGCCUCCCUGAAGUCCUCCUCCCUCUCCGUCAACAUCCGCAGCGUCCGUGCUGUCCGCAUUGUCGCCAUGGCCCAGCCUGAUGCCAAGGAGGCUGAGGAGAAGAAGGCUGCUCAGGAGGAGAAGCCCAAGGUAGAGGAGACUGCUGCCGCUGCUGAGAAGACGGAGGAGAAGAAAGACGUAUCGCAGGACCCUCUUGAUGUGUUCUGCGACGACAAUCCCUCUGCUGACGAGUGCAGGAUCUAUGAGGAUUAAGCUCUUCCGCUGAGUCGCUGCUUUGUUGCGCAUCCCCUGUCGCAGCAGGGGCGCAUUGAGUUAUGCAUAUCAAGGCGUUUGCACAUAGGCGGAUUGCUCUAGUGGAUACGUGCUUUGCCCUCUCGAGGAAUAUCCCUUGUCCAGUUUUCACUAAGUGGAUUAUUCCUUCUCAAAUUCCUCGGUUUCCUUGGUCAAUUGCGUGGUAGUUCUGGUACGGACUGAGUGCUUGUGAUUUUCCGCUGUGUUGUUUUGGAAGCAGGCUGUACUGGUACAGAUGGUCCCUUUCCCUAGGUGCGAAUAGGGCUAGCCAUAAAGAAAA